AUGCAAUUUACCGACGCAGAAGCCGACCGGCUGAAGAACUGGGUUGUCAAGAAGUUGGAGGACAUCUCCGAUGCAGACUCCGAUGUUCUCGCAGAUUACGUACUGGCACUUAUCAGGUCUGACGCGCCAGAUGAUGAAAUCCGAAAAGUCUCAAUAGAGAACCUCGAAGACUUUCUCCGCGAACACACUACCCCGUUUGUCAACGAGCUCUUUGCCAACUUUGGCCCGAACUCAGCUGCCGCGCCAGCACCGACACAGCAAGCUCCCCAAGCCCAAGCUAUCCCGCAACCCGUUCCCACAGCUCCGUUUCAGCAGCAAUUCGGGGCACCCACUGGCGCACCCACCGGCCCCAGGGGUGAUUACAACAGUCGCAAGCGGUCAUUCAACGAGGGAUUCCAAGGCGAGCCAGAGCGGGAUGGUGGAAAUAUGCAGAAUCGUGCUAUGAAAACUCCGCGCCGAGGCCGCGGCGGUGCUCGUGGGGACUGGAUGGGCAGAGGCGGCCAUAUGCAGGGUCCCGGGCAGCAGUUCCAGCAAGGUCAACCUGGUGGUUUUCCCAUGAUGCCUGGAUUCCCGCCAUUCGACCCGAAUGACCCUAUGGCAGCUAUGAUGGCUAUGCAGGGCAUGGGUUUCCCCCCAGAUGCCCGGCAUGCCACCUAUGCCAGGAAUGCCUGUAGAGAUGGCGGGUCCACGCGUGGCAAUGAUCGGGGACGUGGCCGUGGCCGUGGUGCCUUCGGCGGACGAGGACGCGGCCGGUCCGAUUUCUCGUCUGCAGGACCAAACGAAGACCGAUCCAUCACGACAAUUGUCGUGGAACAAAUCCCGGACGAUAAGUUCUCCGAAGAGGCAGUGCGCGAGUUUUUCUCUCAAUUCGGUAACAUCGCGGAGGUGACGUUGCAACCGUACAAAAAGAUCGCCUUGGUCAAGUUUGAGACCUUUGCGGAGGCCAAGCAGGCCUGGUCCAGUCCGAAGGUGAUCUUCGACAACCGCUUUGUGAAGGUCUACUGGCAUAAACCCAAGCGUGACGAGAGGAACAGCGAGAAUAAACCUGAAGAGCCCGCAUUCAACCAAGAGGAGUUUGAGAAGCAACAACAGGAGGCGCAAAAAUUGCACGAGGAGCGAAUGAAGAAGCGGCAAGAAGCCGAAGAAGCCAAGCAAGCUCUCGAGCGCCAGCGUGACGAACUCAUGAAAAAGCAGCAGGAAGAAAAAUCACGCCUUCUCCAGCGAUUGGGCGUUGCACCGAGUAACGGCAGUGAAGGCGCAGAGGAAGAUUCCAGUAUGCAGGUUGAGGACGAGAACGUGAGCGAUGAGACUAAGAAGCUCCGCGCACAGCUAGCCGCUCUCGAAGCUGAAGCUCAGACCCUCGGUCUUGACGCUAAUGCUGACGCUUCAUUCGGUCGUGGCGGUUAUCGUGGCCGCGGGGGCUUCCGUGCCCGAGGCGGAUACCGCGGACGUGGAACCUACGAUCCUUCAUACCGGGGUGGAUAUCGUGGCCGAGGUGGAUUUGCUCCUCGUGGCCGUGGAGGUGUAUUGCGUUUAGACAACCGACCUCGACGAGUUGCCGUAUCAGGCGUGUCACUGCAUUCAGAUAAAGAUGAAGCCCUGCGACAGCACCUAAUGGGCGUUGGCGACUACGAAUCUAUAGAGUCGAACCCCGGCCAAUCCGAUUCCGUCGUCGUGGCAUUCAAAGAGCGAUACCAGGCCGAGAAGUUCAUGUUCAGUCCCUGGUCUCUCACCUCCUCGGGCGAGGCCCAGCUUUCAUGGCUCCCCAACCUGCCCGUUGCCAAUCCCACACCUGGUCCAACGGCAGAGUCAAAGAAUGGCGGCGGUGAUGACGAGCAAGACGUGAUGAUGGACUCGACUCCGACGGUGAGCGCGCCACCACCGCGCAAAGAAAACAAUGAGAUGGAUUACGACGUGGCAGAGGACGAAAGCUGGUGA